AGAUCGCCUUCCUGUGCGACCUCAGAGACCUGUGGACGGUGCGAAGGCUGUCGGUGUCGUUCCAUACCCAGCUAAACGCCGAUGUGCUGCCCUACCCCCUCCCUCUCCACCCUCCUUAGAGAUUGCCUUCCUGUGCGACCUCACGGAGCUGUGGACGGUGCGCACGCUAUCGGUGUGUCGGGUGCUCUCCAUCUCACGAGACGACUACCGCUCUGUGGCUCGCACGCACCCCGCUGACGACCGCCACGUCAUUGCCAACCUGCUCAACCGGGCGCGCAGCAGGGCGGAGGCGACGGCCCGGUUCUACCCCGGCAACAGCACCAUGGCGGAGCUGUCUCUGCUGCUCAAGAACGAGGUCGAGCCCGUGGGUGCAGCAAGAGACUUCUGCAACGAGUCCAUUGCGUUCCGCUGUUCAUCUCCCUCUACCCCACAUCUCCCUCUACCCCACAUCUCCCUCUACCCCACAUCUCCCUCUACCCCACAUCUCCCUCUACCCCACAUCUCCCUCUACCCCACAUCUCCACAUUCCGCCUGCCCACCUCACUCCCUCACUUCCACCUUCUUCACCUACCCGCCUCCCUCACUCAUCAUUCCUCUGUGUCAACCCUUGCACAGUCAUCUCCGUUGCUGCAGCAAGUGUCCGUUUCCUGCUGCUUUUCAAGUCCCUCACCCCCAUCUUUCCACAUUCUGCCUGCACAACCCGUACCCAUUGUACUGUUCUUCUCCACACCUCCCUGCUGCUCUCUUCCACCCACCAAUUCUUCCGCAACCGACUGGUACAGGAGUCGCUCGUGAACGUGUGCUACGCGGCAACCCCUCUCCCCGCCUCUCGUUCCGCAACCGGCUGGUGCAGGAGACGCUGAUGAACCUGUGCUAUGCUGCCAAGCGUGGCGACAUGCUGGAGUGCUUCCGCCUCGCUGCUGGCGGCUUUGAUGUGGCGGCCGCUGACUACGAUGGCCGCACUCCCAUGCACCUAGCAGCAGUGACAGGGCAGGACAAGGUGGUGCAGUUCCUGCUGGCCCAUGGAGCGCAGGUGAACGCCAAGGACGCCUUCUGGCGCACCCCCCUGCAGGAGGCCGUUGCUGCCGGCCACUGGAGCACCGCUGAGAUCCUCCGCAGCAACGGGGGCGAGCUGCAUCUGCGCAACCAGGGCACGCAUCUGUGCCGCCUGGCCAGCUCGUCCAACUCGCACCAGCUGGCGCGGCUGCUGGAGUUCGGCGCCGACCCAAACUCCGCUGACUACGACGGCCGCACCGCGCUGCAUGUGGCUGCUGCUGAGGGGCACCUCAACGUGGUCAAGGUUCUGCUGCAGGGAGGGGCGAGCCCAAGUGUGCGGGACCGGUGGCAGCGCACGCCCAUGGACGAGGCGAGGGACAACAACCACACCGUGGUGGUCGCCACUCUGCUGCGCGCCGCUGCCUCCGCCACCCCCACUCCCAGCCCCCGCUCCCCCACCCCUCACCCUUCUGCUCCUGCUGCCGCUGCUCCUGCUCCAGCUGCUGGUUCUCCUGCAAAUACUCCUGCUGCUCCUCCUCCUCUUCCUCCUCCUGCUGCUGCUUCGUCAUCCCACGCCAGCCCGAUUCCUCCUCCUCGUGCCCUUCCUCUGUCUCCUGCCGCUCCUCCUGCUGUGGCCUCUGCUGUUGCACCUUCCUCCCCCACUGCACCCUCUCCUCCCACUACCGCCUCGCCACUAGCCCAUUCUCCCAUUCCUUCCGGCACGGCCGCACUUGCAUCAGAGACCAAGGCAAGGGUCAUGCUGCCAAGCCAAGCUACUGAGAGACAACCAGCAGCAAAUGCACCGGUUCUUGAACCUCCUGCCGUGACUCGCUACAACAUUAUCGCCAAUGGUGUCUCCAGAUCAGAGUGGCGGGCAGAAGAGCAGCAGCACGCGCAGCUCUCCUAG